CCAAAGAUAAUUUAAAAUAUGUCAGGACCAACCUCCCCCAAUGUUGAUUCUUUUGUAGUUUGCUUUUGCCGUGCAGUAAAAAUACAACCCGUAGAAGAGCCAUUUCAAUGGAAGCAUUUUGAAAAUAGAACAAAAAUAGAAAAUAAUCGUGUAUUUCUUCCAAAGGCUUAAACUUGAAUUUAAAUUUUAUUCAUUAUUAACUUGUAAUAUUGAUAUUCAUCUUGAAAGAAAGGUGGAAUCUCUUUUAUCCUAGGGGGGCUGGAGUAUGUCCAAUUUCGCCCCCCUUGCAUACGCCAGUACCCACUGUUUUCAGAAGUGUCUGCGCCAGAGCCUCCUCCUGUGUCAGGAGCUCAUGGCACAGUGAGUGUUUUUCUUUAUUUCUCUAGGUCAUGGCUUCCAGCUUCUCAGAGCUGAGUCUCCAGCGAAAGAAAUGACUGUCAGGGAUCUUGCUCCAGAUCUGUUACAGAGACAGAACCUUUGCAGGGUGCAGCCUUGCCCAGGACAGGAACGUUUCUCUCUUUGAAGGGCUUUACGUUUGUAGGAUAAUAAAGAUGACGACUUCUUCUAUCAGACGACAGAUGAAAAACAUUGUGAACAAUUAUUCAGAAGCCGAGAUAAAAGUACGGGAAGCCACCUCCAAUGACCCAUGGGGCCCAUCCAGCUCUCUGAUGACCGAGAUCGCAGACCUGACCUACAAUGUAGUGGCCUUCUCGGAGAUCAUGAGCAUGGUGUGGAAGCGGCUCAAUGACCAUGGCAAGAACUGGCGGCAUGUGUACAAGGCCCUGACACUCCUGGACUACCUCAUCAAGACGGGCUCUGAGCGGGUGGCCCAGCAGUGCCGAGAGAACAUCUUUGCCAUCCAGACCCUGAAGGACUUCCAGUACAUGGACCGCGACGGCAAGGAUCAGGGCAUCAAUGUGCGUGAGAAGUCAAAGCAGCUGGUGGCCCUCCUCAGGGAUGAGGAGCGCCUGAAGGCCGAGAGGGCCCAGGCCCUCAAAACCAAAGAGCGCAUGGCCCAGGUUGCCACCGGCAUGGGCAGCAACCAGAUCACCUUCGGUCGUGGUUCCAGCCAGCCCAACCUCUCUACCACCUACUCGGAGCAGGAGUAUGGCAAGGCCGGGGGAUCACCAGCCUCCUAUCAUGGCUCACCCGAGGCCUCGCUGUGCCCCCAGCAUCGCACAGGGGCCCCGCUGGGUCAGAGUGAGGAGCUGCAGCCGCUGAGCCAGCAUCACCCCUUCCUGUCGCACCUGGGGCUGGCCUCCCACCCAAAUGGUGACUGGUCCCAGUCCUGCCUCACUUGUGACCGCGCAGCCCGAGCCUCCACUUCCCCUCGGGUGUCCUCUGAGCUGGAGCAGGCCCGGCCCCAGACCAGCGGAGAAGAGGAACUGCAGCUGCAGCUGGCACUUGCCAUGAGCAGAGAAGUAGCUGAGCAGGAAGAGCGCCUCAGGCGGGGCGAUGACCUCCGACUACAGAUGGCCCUGGAGGAGAGCCGGAGAGACACCGUUCAAGUUCCAAAAAAGAAAGAGCCCGGCUCCUACCCACAGCAAACCACUCUGUUGGAUUUAAUGGAUGCCCUCCCCGGCUCAGGUCCUGCUGCCCAGAAAGCAGAGCCCUGGGGCCUGUCCGCCUCAGCUAACCAGAGCAACCCUUGGGGGGGGCCGGCAGCCCCAGCCAGCACUUCGAACCCCUGGCCGUCAUCAAUUGGUGCCAAGCCAGCUUCCUCUGUUGUCCCGUGGGGAGGCCCCCCUGGAGCCAGCACACACUCUGUCUCCAAGAGCUCAGAUUCCUGGGCAGCCCCACAGCAGCCUGCCCCGAGCACCGAGAAAACCGCCGAUGCCUGGGCAACAGCCUCUGCCGACCAGCCCAUGUCCACCUCUGGGGCCUUCGAUCUCUUCAGUAAUUUGAAUGGGACAAUUAAAGAUGACUUUUCUGAAUUUGACAACCUCCGAACUUCAAAAAACACAGCUGAGGCCAUGGCCUCUCUGCCAUCUCAGAAAAAUGGAACUACAAGCCCCGACCCCUUUGAGUCUCAGCCCCAGACCAUGGCCUCGAGCAAGCCCAACAGCGCCCGGAAAACCCCAGAGUCCUUCCUGGGUCCCAACGCAGCCCUGGUGAACCUGGACUCGCUGGUGACCAGGCCAGCCCCGCCGGCCCAGACCCUCAACCCUUUCCUGGCUCCAGGUGCAGCUGUGGCUUCGGGCCCUGUCAACCCAUUCCAGGUGAACCAGCCCCAGCCGCCGACACUGAACCAGCUGCGGGGCAGCCCAGUAUUGGGGACCAGCACGUCCUUCGGGCCUGGCCCAAAUGUGGAGCCCAUGGCUAUGGCCUCUGUGGCCUCCACAGCAUCACACCCAGCUCUAGGGGCCAGCAGUUCCUCCCUGACGCCACUGGGCCCUGCCACAAUGAACAUGGUGGGCAGCAUAGGCAUCCCCCCUUCGGCAGCUCAGGCUACUGGCACAACCAACCCUUUCCUUCUCUAGUUCCCAGGCCUGGGACCUGCCACACAGCACAUGCCAUGAGCACCUGUGCCGAGGACGCCGAGCAGGGACUCUCACUGUGGAAUGGUGCCCAAGGUUGGGGUGGGUUAGGGCUUUCCAGUCUAUUCCUGGUAGAAGGGUUGUCUGUACAAAUAGCCCCGUCCCUAGGCUAGAGCCGGGCGGGCAUGCUGAGCUGGCAGAUCCAGCACGGGCUCUGCACACCUGGCGCCUGCUCUUCGGUCCCCGGCCUGCAGCUUGAGGCCCAAGAAAGCCCUGACCCACCCAGCCACCCUCACCUCCUCCUCCCAGGUGCAGGCAGGGUCCUGGAUCCCAUGGGGGUUACCAGCUCUCCAGGGCCUUGGUCAAGGAGGCAGGAGUCCUCAGGGUGGCCUUUGCCUUUAGCCUCAGCCUGAGGGUCUCGGGGACACCAUCUCGCCCAGGACUUGGGGUGGCCACCUUGUCUUUGCCCUUCCCCCCCAGCCCUGCCGACACCCCAGGCAGUCCCAGGCGUGGUUGGAAUGAAGUGCUGGCUCCACUAGACACUGACCUUUAGGGGAAGUGGUUGUGCAUAGUUUUCUUUGACUCAUGUAUGAGUUCAAAGUAAACACCACCACUGGGAACAACUCGCGUCAAAUCCACUAGAGCAAGCUUUAAACUAACCUGAGCAUAACCCCGCCACGCGGCUCUGUGCUUGUACACGUUUGCACAUAUUUUGUUUAGUACAGUUUCAUAUUUGAGUUUGCAGAGUUAUCUAAUAGUCUUUUUUUGGCUAAUAUUUUUAUAAUGUGGUUCUUAUUUAACUGUCUAGUUUUGAUAGAAUUUACCAGGUCUGGCCGAAUUAAGAUAUUGGCACAUGUCAUAUUAGUAGUUUAAAUUCUCUUAUUUAUGGUUUUAACUCUGUAAGAAAUUUUAAAUAGGAAGAGAAAAAAUGCCUUAUGGGAAAACUAAAGCAGAUUCUUUAUAGGGAAAAAUACGAGAAUUUGAUUACAUUUAAAAGAUGAUGUUUAUUUAAAAAAAAACAGAAACAACUACAACAGUAACAAAAAACACUGUAGCCUCCAGUUGCCUUUUCCUUUAAUUCCCUUUUUUGGUGAAUUACCAAACUGAUUGACUUUCAGCCUUUUAGGCUAGAUGCUAAGAAAGAAGCUAUUUUUCUUACUGAUAUACCAGCAUCAAGAAAGUUAAAGAAAAAAUCCAGUGUAUGAAUGUGACUCACCAGUCUUACCACUAAUUCCGUUGUGUAACCGAAGGCCCACGUGGCUGACGGGCUCCGUUUCCCAUGGGGAUGAGACAGGAGAGGUGUCUUGGACCCGUGUCCGCGAUCUCCUGUCUUACCCCUCCCUUGGGGUAGAGAUGGGGAGCGUGUGGAGAGGCAGUUGUCUGGGGGCAAUGGCACUUCCUUGCCCCUGGCUCCCUGGGGUCUCAUGGCUGAGAUGGGUGAGGCACCAGGGCUGGCCCUGACCCACCCACCUUCUAACGCCAGACACACAUCACGGACCUAGAACCGUAACCCCUGACGUUGGCGACGAGGAAGCGUGGCCCUCACACAGGACAGGCGCUGCCCACGGCCCUAAAGCCUCCCUCCCUCCACCGCCCCUACGUGUUAGGUCGGAACUAAAGACAGAAAAGGCGCUGCUCCCCAGGGCGGGGCCGUGCCCCCAGCUUGCCUCACCUUCCACCGUGGGUUCCUCCCUGUCACCCCAAGGGCAGCUGACCACUGGCCGGCCUCCGUCUGGGCGGGUCUGCCCCUUAGCGCUGGCACAGGGAGGCGUGAGGCAAGCAGGCUGCGGCUGGUUCAGAGCCGCCCCCAGGCCCGCUCCCGUUUCCCUACUCACCAGUGUUGCUCCCUGAGGUCCCCUGGGGCUGGGUUGGGGGGGGGGGCAGUGGACUCAGGCAGGGUGCUUCCCCAGGGGCUGUGGCCUGGCCACCUCCCAGGUGAGACUGCACUCACUGCUUGGGUCAGAGACACUUUCUAACAGCUCUCAGGCCACCCAGGCUGUCCCUGGGCACCUGUCCCUGUUGCCCGCUGCACUGAUCAUGAAGCCGCCAGCCACUGCCACACGGCGGCCGUGCUCCCUCCUGAAGGGCACCUGGUAGGGGCCUCCCAGCCAUUUUCUCAGUCCCAGGGGCCGGUAGCUGGUUUUGAACUUGGGUUCACUCUUGAUACUUUACUGUAUAAAUAUAAUUUAUCAUUUGUAUCAUGA